AUGGCCCAAAAUAUGAAGAAGAAAGCUGUGUUAUUUGACCUGGGAGGUGUAUUGUUCGAGCCGCCGCAGAAUGCCCUUCGAAAGUACGGAGAGCAGCUCGGUUUGCCCGGAUCUUUUCUAGAGAAAGCUAUGAUCCAAGGAAGGCCUGAUAAUGCUUUCUGUAGGAUGGAGAGAGGGGAAUCCACAGCAAGACAGUUCGCAGAAGAGUUCACUAAGGACUGUCAGACACUGUCCAAGGAAGAAGGCCAAGUGCUCCCUAAGGAUUUCAAUGCCAGCAGCAUGUUUGAUACCUUCAUGAACAUCAAGAUGGUCCCAGACAUGCUCAAUGCUGUGUCUGUCCUCAAGCAAAAUGGUGUAAAAACAGCAGCAGUGACCAACAACUACAUCGAUGAUCGGGAGCAGAACUCGUUAGGCGCUGGUGUCAUGACAACACUUAGCUCCUUCUAUUUCGAUCACUUUGUGGAAUCGUGUCGUUUUGGGAAGCGUAAACCUGACCAGAGUAUUUUCAACGAAGCCCUCAAGAAACUGGGAGUGAAGGCAGAAGAGGCAGUGUUUCUGGAUGACCUGGGACCUAACGUGAAAGCCGCCAGAGAAAUGGGAAUCUCGACCGUCCUAGUCAAGGAUACGUCUGCUGCCCUCAAGGAACUGCAAGAGGUCACUGGCAUUGAUGUUUUUCAAGAAGCCAAACCUGUCUCUGUUCAUCAUGAGAGGGUUCCUCAUUCCUAUGCUACAACCAGGAGUGGAGUUAAGUUUCACUACGUAGACAUUGGUAGUGGUCCCCCGGUGAUCUUUUGUCAUGGGUUCCCUGAAUCAUGGUACGAAUGGAAAUCUCAGAUCCCAGCUGUGGCUGCUACUGGUUUUCGUGUGAUUGCUAUGGAUAUGAAAGGCUAUGGAGAAAGCAGUAAUCCACCCGAAAUCGAGGAAUACACACUGGAAAGGAUGUGUAAGGACAUGGCUGAAUUCAUGGAUACCUUGUGUAUUCCUCAGGCCACUUUCAUCGGUCACGACUGGGGUGGUUUUUUUGUCUGGAACUAUGCUACUCACUACCCAGACAGAGUCAGCGCUGUGGGUGGUAUCUGUACCCCUUUCUUUCCUGCUAAUGACACCAUGAAUCCAUGGGAGAAUAUAAACAAGAAUCCUGGGUUAUAUGACUAUCAGCUAUACUUCAAUGAAGUGGGACCGCCAGAAGCCGAGAUCGAAGCCAAUGUAGAGAAAUUUGUUAAAGCUUUCAUGAGACGCCCUCUAGAGCUUAAAGAAAUUGGAUUCUCUGUUGCUGGGGUGAGAGCAAAAGGUGGUAUCAUGGCCGGUAUCCCUGAUGACAUCAACAGUACACUCCUAACAGAAGAUGAUGUCCAAUACUACGUCAAACAAUUCAAAACAUGUGGCCUCAGGAGUAUGUUAAAUUGGUAUCGAACAAUGGAAGUUAACUGGAAGUUUAAUCAUCGUGCAAUUGGUCGAAAGCUGUACAUGCCAGCCUUAAUGGUAACCUGUGCAGGGGAUGCAGUCCUUCCACCAUCAGCGAGCAAAUUCAUGGAUCCAUUCGUGGUAAACUUAACCAGAGCUCAUAUUGAGGACAGUGGACAUUGGGCAUCUCUAGAACAGCCAAAGAAACUCAAUAAGAUCCUUGUUGAUUGGCUGAACAAGGUGCACAAAGAUUCCAACCGACCAAUCUUCCCUUCCAGUCUGUGAGGAUACAGACAUGAUGUUAGCCAGCCCCUGAUUGGCCAGUGACAAUAGAUGGAGACAAAAUGGACCAAUCAUGUGCAUUAUUGGGGAAUACAUUGUUGCCAAUCAGAUAACUCAAAUUAUGAUUAUCAAUGAUUUUGAGAUUAAAUUCUUUAUUAUUACAAAAUAUCAUUGUUCUUAUAUUGGACGUGGGAAAAGGACUACAGAACAUGUUAUAUGUUUUGAUGAUUAGAAGAAAGAAAAACUAUUUGAAAGGA